AUGGGUGCGGGGCAGGCGGGGGGGAAGACAGCGGAAAAAGGGGAAGCAAAGCGAAGCGAAGCGAAGCAAAGGAAAAAGAAAAAGAAAGGAAAGCUAAGCAAACUAAGCAAACUGAGCAAACUAAGCAAACUGAGCAAACUAAGCAAACUGAGCAAACUAAGCAAACUGAGCAAACUAAGCAAACUGAGCAAACUAAGCAAACUGAGCAAACUAAGCAAACUGAGCAACCUAAGCAAGCUAAUCUACGCGAAGGAAAGCCCCCUCCCCAAGUCAUAUUUUAACAACUUCUCCGUUCGAGCACAAAAGAGAGACCUUUUCAUUCACCAAAAAAAAAAGAAGAAAUAA